GCGGCUGGCUGGGUCAUCGAAGGCCCAUGCCCCAAUCAUCAUCGCCCGCCUUAGUGGGCCCCACGCCCGUUUCAGUUGGAGGCGGCCCAUACGGUCCACCGAGAACCCGGUCCACGCUACGCCAUCUUCCUCCGCUGACCUCUCAUCGUCGACGAAGGUAGGAUUCCGCCUCCGCCUCCGCCUCCCCCGCCCCGCCCGCCUGCGCCCUCGCCCGCCGCUGCAUUUUCGGUGGCCUCGCCGCGUGCGGCCGCGAGAAGUGGGAGGCUGCUGCGGUCCUCGCCCGCGUCUGCCCGUCGUCUCCACGUGGGGGCGUGCCCGGUACCGGCGCGACGAGAAGCCUUACGCCUGUUCAAGACGUCAGGUGUUGGUAUUUGGGUUGCAAUUGAGUGAUUGGGAAACCUGAUUGGACAGAAGCAUUGUUGGUCAACCAAUGGGAAGCAAUGACCCUAGCACACCCUCCAAGGCUUCAAAGGCAUCAAAACAAGUACUUGAAACAGUGGAUCAACCUCCAGCUACCACAUCCAGUGGAACAGUUUCAGUUUACCCUGAAUGGCCCAGCUUUCAGGCAUACCAAGCAAUUCCACCACAUGGGUUCUUCCCCCCUACCGUUGCUGCAAAUCCACAGGCCCAUUCAUACAUGUGGGGAGCUCAGCCCAUGGUACCACCUUAUGGGACUCCACCACCACCUUAUGUGAUGUAUCCACCUGGAGCAGUAUAUGCCCAUCCCUCUACACCUCCUACUAUGCAUCCGUUUAGUCAUUACCCUAUGCCAACAAAUGGACAUGCUGAAACUCCUGGAACCGCGCCAAGUGCUCCAGAAAUGAAUGGGAAAAGUGAGCCUGGCAGAACAUCUGCUCCAUCUGCCAAUGGGAUUACCUCGCACAGUGAGAGUGGAAGUGAGAGUGAGAGUGAAGGAAGUGAUGCCAAUUAUGAAAAUGAUUCACAUUCAAAGGACAAUGAUGGAAAGGAAGAUGGCAAUUCUCAGAAUAGCAUAUCUUAUUCAGCAUCACAAGGAGUGUUAAACCAAACCAUGGCGAUGCUUCCAAUACAACCGGGCGCAAUGGUUGGAGGAGUUUCUAGCUCCACAGCUAACUUGAAUAUUGGAGUGCACUACUGGGAAGCUCCAGGUUCUGCAGCUGUCUCUGCAACGCAUGGCAAAGCACCAGCUGGUUCAGCUCGGGGAGACCAAUGGGAUGAAAGGGAACUCAAGAAGCAAAAACGGAAGCAGUCUAAUAGAGAAUCGGCACGCAGAUCCCGGCUGCGCAAGCAGGCUGAGUGUGAGGAGCUUGGGCAACGUGCUGAAACUCUGAGGUCGGAAAACUCGUCUCUCAGGGCCGAGCUUGAACGGAUCAGAAAGGAGUACGAACAGCUACUUUCGCAGAACGCUUCACUCAAGGAAAAGCUGGGGGGCAGCAGUGACCCGAUUCCUGAUAUGAAUGAACAGAACGACGGCAACGGCAGCGACAAGAAGCAAUCUGAUUCCGAUGCCCAGCCUGGGAGCGAGUCUUGACCCGUUUAGCUCAGGAUCCUUGGGAAUGCACAUUGCUAUUUAUUUUCUCGAACAUGGUUGAACAGAACAUAGGAGAAAAAGAAUUGUUUAUGUAACUCUUACCCCUUGACUGCCUAAUGUCUCUGACGGCAUGUAUAUAAUGUAUGCCCUCACUGCUGAACUAGUACUAGUAAUUGAGGAAUUGCAGAUAUUGACA